AAACUACAACAAAACUACACAAACAAUACUAGUGCUACAUAUUAAGUAUGUUAACAAUUUGUUUUUAGUUUAUCCAUUCAGUGUUUCUUCAUUUUUCAAGCAACAAAGUUUGUUGAACUUUUUUUCGCGGCACACGCCGGCUUCAUAGUGACGUCAAGUCGAGUGCAGCCUAACUAGAUUAGAUAUGCUAAGCCAGUAAGAAAAUGGAUGACUGAUCGAAGCAAUUGUGACCCGCGACAAACAUAUCCAAGUGCAUAUCCUUAGUGUUCAUAGUGUAAGUGUAUCAUAAAAACAGUUAAAUUAAGUGGAAUUAAGUAUAAAUUAAACGUACAGUCAGUUAAGUUUUAGUAAAGUUUACUUUGUGGGAAAAUGUCGGAACGUUUCAAGGUGACAAAACACGAGGAGCCGAGCGGGAAAACGUACAAAAACUAUGGAGCGACAUCAGCGGAGAGCGACGUGGAGCUGAAAGGAAAAUUGCUUCCCGACUCAGGUGACACCGACGAACAUGGCUUGCCCGCGCAGAAGGAUAAGGGCUGUGACACCAACCUCUAUCUGUACCAUGAAGAAAUCGAGGACAGACCUCGUGCGGCGACGUUCCUCAGUUCCCUGGCGGACUACUCCAACACGAUCCCGACAGCAUCCGCGGCCGACCCCGACGCCGCCAAGCCCGCGCCGCCCGCGCGCAUGGGCACCCUCAUCGGCGUCUACCUACCCUGCAUCCAGAACAUCUUCGGCGUCAUCCUCUUCAUCCGUCUCACCUGGGUCGUCGGCACCGCCGGAGCUAUACAAGGCUUCCUCAUUGUGCUCACGUGUUGUUGUACGACGAUGUUAACAGCGAUAUCGAUGUCUGCGAUCGCGACGAACGGCGUAGUGCCGGCUGGUGGGUCUUACUUCAUGAUCGGCCGCUCGCUGGGCCCCGAGUGCGGGGGCGCGGUCGGCAUGCUCUUCUACACCGGGACGACGCUGGCUGCGGCUAUGUAUAUCGUCGGUGCUGUCGAGAUCGUGCUGACAUACAUGGCCCCCUCAUUGUCCAUCUUCGGCGACUUCACCAAGGACCCCGAGGCGAUGUACAACAACUUCAGGGUGUACGGCACGGGGCUGCUCAUCGUCAUGGGCAUGGUGGUGUUCGUGGGAGUCAAGUUUGUGAACAAGUUCGCCACUAUUGCGCUCGCUUGCGUCAUAUUGUCCAUUUCUGCAGUCUACGCUGGCAUCUUCGUUAACUUCAAUGGAAAUGACAAACUUCAAAUGUGUAUCCUGGGCAAACGGUUACUGAAAGAUAUCCAUAUUAGCGAUUGCGCAAAGAAUAUCACCGGCCCGCUGUACAAACUCUUCUGUCCUAACAACACUUGCGAUCCUUACUUCUUGGCUCACAACGUUAGCAUCGUAAAAGGAAUUAAGGGAUUAUCAAGCGGUGUAUUUUUCGAUAACUUGGAAGACUCAUUCUUGCAAUUAGGGCAAUACAUUGCAUAUGGAAAGGAGCCAGAUGAUAUCGAACAAAUGGAGAGACCAACAUAUAAUCAAGUUUACGCUGACCUCACGACAACUUUUACGAUUCUUAUCGGAAUCUUCUUUCCAUCAGUAACUGGUAUAAUGGCUGGCUCCAAUCGAUCUGGAGACUUGGCAGACGCACAAAAGAGCAUCCCGAUCGGGACCAUCUGCGCCAUCCUUACUACCUCGACCGUAUAUCUCUCCUGUGUAUUGCUGUUCGCCGGGACUGUGGACAAUUUGCUCCUCCGUGACAAGUUUGGCCAAUCUAUUGGAGGGAAGCUUGUGGUAGCUAACAUGGCAUGGCCAAACGAGUGGGUAAUUUUGAUUGGCUCCUUCCUAUCGACACUUGGAGCCGGAUUGCAAUCUUUGACCGGAGCACCCCGUCUCCUUCAAGCCAUUGCAAAGGAUGAGAUCAUACCGUUCUUGGCCCCAUUUGCCGUUUCAUCUAGCAGGGGCGAACCUACAAGGGCCCUUCUGCUAACGAUGUUGAUCUGCCAAUGCGGUAUCUUACUGGGUAACGUUGACAUCCUCGCGCCAUUGCUUUCUAUGUUCUUCCUCAUGUGCUACGGAUUCGUCAAUCUGGCGUGCGCCUUGCAAACUCUUCUGAAGACUCCUAACUGGCGUCCAAGAUUUAAGUAUUACCACUGGUCUCUAUCUCUUGCUGGUCUGACGCUGUGUAUCUCGAUCAUGUUCAUGACGUCAUGGUUCUAUGCUCUUAUUGCUAUGGGAAUGGCUGGCCUUAUUUACAAAUACAUCGAAUAUCGCGGAGCGGAGAAGGAAUGGGGUGACGGCCUCCGAGGUUUGGCUUUGUCAGCGGCUCGAUACUCCCUGCUGCGCCUGGAAGAAGGUCCUCCCCAUACCAAGAACUGGCGGCCGCAGGUGCUCGUGCUGGCUAAAAUGAACACUGAUCUCAAACCGACCUACCGCAAGAUGCUGGCAUUCGCCAGUCAACUCAAAGCUGGCAAGGGUUUGACGGUAUGCGUGUCUGUGAUAUCCGGCGAUUACACUCGGCUGUCGAGCGAGGCUCUCAGUGCCAAGCAGAACUUACGCAAAUGCAUGGAGGACGAGAAGCUGAAGGGAUUCGUGGAUGUAUUAGUGGCACCCAACAUCGCUGAUGGACUCAGUCAUUUCGUACAAACUUGUGGUUUGGGAGGACUAAAGCCCAACACCGUGAUCGUUGGCUGGCCAUACGGCUGGCGGCAUUCUGAGGAGAUGCCUGUCAGCGAGCCCAAGUGGCACGGUUUCCUGCACACCGUCCGUGCCGUGGCUGCCGCUCGUAUGGCCCUACUGGUACCCAAAGGAAUCAACUUCUUCCCUGACUCGACUGAGAAGAUAUCAGGCAACAUCGACAUCUGGUGGAUCGUGCACGACGGCGGCAUGCUAAUGCUGCUGCCGUUCCUGCUGAAGCAGCACCGCACCUGGAAGAACUGCAAGAUGCGCAUCUUCACCGUAGCACAAAUGGAAGACAAUUCUAUCCAGAUGAAGAAGGACCUCAAGAUGUUCCUCUAUCAACUCCGAAUUGAAGCCGAAGUCGAAGUUGUUGAGAUGACGGACAGCGACAUAUCCGCGUACACAUACGAGCGCACGCUGAUGAUGGAACAGCGCAACCAGAUGCUGCGAGAGCUCCGGCUCAACAAGAAGGAGACGCUUGGCAUGAUGCAAAAUUUCGUGGACUAUCGUGAAAAUGCUGAGGAGAAGUUGCCUCUGGUUCAAGCAAUAGUGGACCACCACCAUGCAGACGUGAAGACCGCCAGCAAGGUACGGUUCGCGGAGCCCGGCGCUGAGACGGCAGAAGACGCCCCCUCUCCACCACUCUCUGAUGCCGAGGACAAAGACAAGGACAGAGAUGACAAGGACGACUUUCGGAGUAGUUUGUUGCACAUAAUCGAUUCAAUGUGGGACUCCGAUGAACGGUCGCAGUGCGAGGGCGACGUCUCGCCGCCGCCUGAACCAGACAAGCACAAGGAGAACAACCCCAAUGGAGACACGCUCAAACCCAAACCCAACAUGGCCGAUAUCACACCUGACGAAGGCACAGUGCGGCGGAUGCACACAGCGGUGAAGCUGAACGAAGUGAUCGUGACACGCUCGCACGACUCCCAGCUUGUCAUACUGAACCUGCCUGGCCCGCCCAGGGACACUAAAUUUGAGAGGGAGUCCAAUUAUAUGGAGUUUCUAGAGGUGCUGACAGAGGGCCUGGAGAAGGUGCUGAUGGUUCGUGGAGGCGGUCGCGAGGUGAUCACCAUCUACUCGUGAAUGCGCUCAGACUUCGCAAUCGCACGCUCUCUCGAACUGUUAGUACCAGCUGUGCAAGUUACUGCGCCAAUGUGCGCCUUUAUGAAAUGUCUUUGUGAUUCUUUUAUAACUAUUAGUGCUCUUUGAACAUUCGAUUAGUCGUUUCGAGUUCGUGUCUCGUUACAAUCGCAUAAUCGCCCUCGAAAGACUGCAGAGAAGAACGUUACGUUCCAUUUCUUUAUAAAUAUUGUAUUUUCGUAUUUAGUAUACUGACGUUCGUUUUAAUUGUAUAAUGUUAGCUGAAAGUUUUGUUGAAUUUGCUGUUUAGAGUGGUGUUGUUUUGAAAUUUAUUCACUGUUGUAUAGAUAUGUAUGGAUAAAUGUAUGUAUGAAUCUAAAGAAGAGCCUUAUACUAUCGGUGGUUAGUUCUAAGUUCGUUUUGUUAUUUAGACUAGGGCUAGAUUGAAUUAAUUUAGUUAACUAUUUAAGAUAUCUCUUAUUUACCGAUAUGUCAUAUCUUUUUUAUUAUUGUUUUGUGGUCGACGAACGGAUAAACGUACGGAUUGUUUAUAAGUAUUUCCUUUUAUUUGUUUUUUUAUGAAUGUUAAAAAGUAGAUACUUUGUAAACGUAUACAUUUAUUGAAGAAAAUCAUGAAGAUUUUUAUCGAUAUGAAAUAUAUUUUGUAAAUAAAUUAUUCUGUUAGACUUUUACAUCUGCUCAACUUAAAACUUACCGUGGGACUGAAGCGUGAAAAUUUAACUAUUCGUGUUUCCCAGCUGACGUAGAGUGAUUUAAUGAAAGCAAUCGUAAUUCUAGUCACUUUUGACUUUAGUUAUCUUUAAAUAAAAUAAAAAAAUACCAAAAAUAAUAUUACAAUAUCCUUUUAUCUCUUGUACAAUUAACUAUUGAAAUUAAUGUAACGUAUCCAAAGAUCCUCAGGGUUUUAUGGUGAGUAGAUUCAACUGUCGCAAAUAAAAUAUUAAAAAUUUAAAGAGAAUCGAAUAUGCGAUCUUACAUUUUGAUGUAAUAUUUAGAUAUUAUGCCAACUCGGCCGAGCAAUGCGCGUUCAUUUACUGUGGCAACCUUCCACAGUAAAAUUAUCUGAAGUGGCAACUUCGAAGCUCGUUACGCACAUUCGCGUAGUUAGACAUUUUCUUACUGUGAUCGUUUUAUAAAGUUUCAUCAUGUCAGCGUUUAUUUUAAUUACACUUAGGUAUAAUCGAAACGUGUCUGCAAUAAAAAAGCCUACCUUAUGUAGAUAGCAUUCAUUUAUGCCACAAAAACGACAGGUAAUUAGAAUGGCACCAAAUUGAAAAAUGGACGUAACUAAAAAGUACACAGAUUUUUAAAACAGUUACCAUUCAUAAAAUUGAGAUCUAAAUACCUGUUCUUUAAUUGUGGCAAAAAUCGAUUAUUUAUUUGCGAUCAAUGUGAACUUGUUUCAUGUGAAUCAUUAAUGACACCAAAAUGCCAUGAAUGUAGUUAUAAGAAUCCAUUAAAUAAUUCUACUUAUACAUACUAUACAAAGUAUUAAUUGUAGUACAUCUUGUGUAAAAAAAAAAACUUGUCAAUUUUCAUUUCGAAAACACUAAGUACCAUUACCAAAAUUGAAAAUUAUAGUAGAUUCAUCUUUUUGAAAUUUAAAAUUAAAGAAGCGGUCAAAUAGUAGUCAAAUAUUUAUCUAAAUUGGUAGAAUUACCGCCAUUGCCUAUAGGUACGAUGUACGAUAAUUUGUUGAAUAAAAAAUAAACAAUACAUAGAAAUGUAUUUUUUUCCAUUGGUUUUCUUUGAUUUUUUGACAACUUAAAAUUUUGACUUUUGGUAAUGGCCAAGUCUUGGCAUUCUAUAAGAAUAAAGAUACAUCUAAAGAGUGUUAGGUAACUGCCAAAUAGGAAUCGGUGUUGUAAAAUAUCCUAGUCCAUAAGUGAAGUACCUAAUAUAAUUAAUUCCAUCAUUAAAAAAAUCAUUUAAGUAGGUACUGUAUUAACGGACUAUCAAGUUGCAAGCUGCAAGGAAACGAGAAUUAAACUUAGGUAUGUGGUAACUAGAUCAUAUACAUUUAGUAUAUACUUGUGGUACACUAACAUUUCGAAAUCUCCCUAGUAUUUGUAUUUGAUAUUUUUGCUGCCGACUGCAACUUGAAAGUAUCGCCCCAGAGGACAUUUGUACUAAGAGGGGUUUUUAGUGCAUUACAUCACUGUUAUUAAUAAUAAGUAACUAGAUAUUAGAUAAAUCCAUAGUUGAAACCAAUAUUUACUAAGAACAAGAGGUCAGUUUCUGUGUUAAAGUCGUAUCUAUGUAAAAUUCGACAAUAUUAUGAGAUUUAUGAUUUUCAUACAAAAAAGAAUGUGAAUUUAAUUUUGGCUCUAGGAGUGGAAAUUAAUUUCCUGUGCCUCCGUACCAUGAAUUUGUUUUAAAUAAGUGAUUGAAUUUGAAUAGUACCUAAAAACGAUAAUAUGUGUGCAGUGAACAAAGCGAAAGCGAUAACAUGUGAGAGCUGAAACUAUUCAAUAUGUGUCAGUGAUAUUUCACUUAAUUAAAUUAAGUAUAAAUGAAUUCAAAUUAUUUAUUACGUCGUAACGACUUUAGUUCUCGAUUAUAAGGCAAAGAUAUUUGGUCAUCACCUAGUGAUACAAAAUACAUCUACCUAAAUUUAUAGAAAUAGUAACAUAUCUUCCUUUUCGAUUAGAAAUAUCUAUUUUACUGUUUAUGCCUAUUAAUAGGUAAGACGACAUUUAUUGAAAAGAUAAAUUAUUGAAUUAUAUACUAAUGCAAAUUCGAAAAUUAUAAUAAAUAUUUUAAGUAUUUUUUAUUAAUUAAUGAGAAAAUGACAUUAAUAUGACCGAGAACACACCUAGUAUGUACUCAAAGAAGCAAUUUAUGAAGUUAUUUUAGAAAAUAAUUAUUUUCAUUUUAAAUUAUUAAAACACUGGUGCACAGACCAUUUAGCUGGUGUCAUACGAUUGAAAAGAAACUAAUAUAAUAACGUACAAAUCCUUCAGUAAUUAUUACACUUUCUAAAUUAAUAAUGAAUAGAAAGUUGUGAAUGCGAUUCCAUAAAAGCUAAAUAUACCACUUAGAACGAACAAAACUAUGUAAAUCUAUAAUUAAUUUCAAAUAAUGUUCAAUCAAUAUAACAUUUAUUAUAAUGUCGAAAUACAUUUACAGUCUAAGACGCCAAAGAUUUACUGACCUAUUAAAAUUGAGAUCAUGGCAGAAAUUGUAAUGUAAUUACAAGAACUAUAUUCUAGAGCUGUCAUUUUGUAAUCACAAACGUGUGCCAAACCUUAUCCAUCUCUAAAGAAUCAUUGACAUGGUUACCACCAUACAAAUAAGUAGAAUACUCUACCUAUUUAGAUACAUAAGUAGUCUACUUAGACUAUUUACGCAGUCAUCUUUCAAUAAAUGUAUCAGUAAUGUACCUUAUAAUCAUAAUAGCUUUGGAGUUACAUUGUGUGUUAGAGAUCUCACGUUAACUAACAUAGUUGUAAUUCAAGAAAUGCACAUACAUAGAUAGUUAUCCUAUUACAAAUAGUUUUAAAAUCGUGUUCGUAAUUCAAUCGUACAUUUUAGCCUUAUUCGGAGCCAGUAUAGGUAAUGUAAUCGCCAUCAAAGUUUUUAAGAGUCGAUUGGAUGAUCGGGCUCAAUUUUACAAUACUUGAUUUAAUUUGAAUUGAAACUAAUUUGAACAGUGUUCCACCCUCAAAAGAAAACCACGGGGAGCCGCAACUAUACCCACCGAUUUGCAACUUUAUCUAAAAUAAAAUGAAAUCACGACAAUCGUAUAACAAAAAACAUCUAAUCGACUGUAAAACCUGUGGCGGCAAAAUCGCAAUUCCCUUCAGAUAAGAAUGUUAGUAGGUAGUUGUCAAGAAUAUAAUUGGAAUAGUUUUGACAUUGUUUAGUUCGAUAUUAGAGAUCCACUAGUGGAUCCUAGUCGGGAGGAUCAAAGUGGAAUGAGGGACACCAACUAGCCACCUUAACUGACGGGAAUAGAGAAUACUGUCGAGUGUCAAGUUUAUUGAUGUAAAAUUACGUAUGUUAGAUUUUAGGCUGUGAGUCAGCGUUAACACAUUCUUUACAUUUAAAUAUUCAGGCUAGAGUUGCUGUGAUACAUCAUUAUGGCUAUAAAUUAUUGUGUAGUCAUUUCUGGCUAUGGGUAAUCAAUGGAAAUAACGAUUAACGUUUAAAGCCAUAUUAUAUCUGUGAUUUCACUGACGUGUAGUGCACCUUACCCGCGAUCUGCUUAUUUCAACUUUGAAAACCCAUUAGCCAAUAUGACUUUCGUUUUGGACAUUAUACUCAUGUGAACCAUGAUUAUUCCAUUGUAUUCCAGUGUCAUAUAAACCUAACUUUAAAACUAACUUUUCUUAUAAAUUGUGACAGUCUUUCUGUGCAUUUGUAUUAGAAUCUAUCUUCGCGUUAAUUAUAUCGGAUUACCUGAUAGACGAACAGAAAUCCAUCGCCGCAGUGCGACAUGCUAGUUUUAACUGUUUACUAAAUAUUUUGGUCUGGAACGAGUUUUAUUAGAAAAUAUAUUUCGAAAUGUAAAAGUUGUUUAAGAAAUUAUUAAAAUAUUCAAAUAAUAAUUCUAGAGAAUUAGCCAGUGAGUAAAUUUAAGAAAAAGAUGUUAUGAGUAUAAUGAAAUAAAUUAAUGACGAAAUA